CGUUACUCCCACCGACGCAGCCCCAAACAGUUUCUUUCGAAACUAUCAGCCUCUUUUCAAUGUUGCUGACAAAUUGCCAACCCGUUCAAACAUCGAAUGAAACGUCGUGUGGUUGGCGAAGUUAGUUUUCUUGCAUCCUGUAUUUAUGAUCGUUCAAAUUAUGUCAUCAGGAAGCGACAAGUCAGUUCCUGCCUGAAUCAGCUUGCCGGGAAAUCGAGCGAAUUCGUUUUUAAGUCAUGCAGUCAUAUAUCAGCUAGUAAUGGCUGAAAUCGUGAGUAACAGUCAAACAUGUAGUGUGAUCGUCCAGGUUAGACUUUCCUGAAAAGGACUUUGUUAGUAGUAGUGACUGACUGUUCGGCAACUUAAGUGGAAGUCAAUGUGAGAGGUAACUGAGGAGCUGUUCAUCAGUCGGCUGUUGCGAGAAGUUGAUUGGUGCGACUCAUCUCUUGACCCUGACGAUGGCCUCUGCAUUGGUUGAUGUAAAAUUCAUCACUUCUACCAGUUACAGCCCUUUUCAUUGUUACCUUCUACUUAAUGACCACACUUGACGAUGGCAUGUUACACGUUCCGAAGGAGAGAGAAUACAAUUGAGAAGAAAGCUUAAGAUUUUGACCAACCGAUGGGUUCUGAAUCGCCUGUCGUUGCUAUAUGAGGAUAAGUCUUCAAGUGGGCCAGUAUUGUAAUAUUCCGGUUGAGAAAGGACAAAAACCACUCUUGUUGCCAGGCUGACCGACGUUUUCACAACUGAAACGGGUUUCAUCAUAGCCCAUUUUGUCGAAACCCCCAGUCUGACAGAACUUACCAUGCGCAGCUGAAGCAAGGUUUCUGAUGGGUUAGUUCAAAUCUGUGUUAAGUCAUCUCUCAAAUUUUGAGUGUACGGUGGAGUUUCUUAUGUCUGGUUUGUUUUUCAUUUCAGCGUGGGGUGACUUUUUUUAAGGUAGUCGAGGAGAUAAGAGAGAUGUCGGAGGUUUUGUAUCCUCUUUGAAAUUGUCUCGGUAUUUUGCCUACUGAGACUUCUGGUAAGGCCGUAGGCACUUCGAUAAACUUCGUAAACCUUCCCCCGGGCCCCUCGCAGGCGGACAAUCGUGAAACACUGGUAACAUCUCUUGUGUCUCGUCUUGGAUCAGUUCCGACUCUGGCCAUCGUUGAACAUUGAAUCUGAUCGAGUUUUUUCGAAUUCAAUUUUGGUUUUUUCGGGUUUAGUUAAAUUUUUUCGGGCCUCACCUCUGCAUCGCAAGAGCUGUUCAUUAACCUCUCUGCAUUUUACACUACAAGGCUUCUUUACUGCAAUACUUUACAAUUAUACAACAGUAGCUACAUGCAGCUAUAGACUGCCUUCUAUUUUCGUUUGCUAUACCAGUAUUACUACUUGUUCUCAGUAGAAACGCCGAAAGCCCUUUUAUUUGUUAUUGACGUAAAGGCGAACGCUGUCCUCACUUGGUUAUUACUACGAACGUUAACGCAUUGCCACGAAGAAGAUUAAAUUACGGCCGUGAUUAUGUAGUAAUUGUCGGUAUAACACGCCUGAACUUUUCCCUCCGUUCUAUCUGUGGGAAAGGCGGGCUAUCCAAUGCCCCCGUAUGCAUCGGCAAUUCACGGGAAUGUGUGAGAGCCAUGGUGAAGAUAGUCUGCUACACAGCCGCUCAUAGAGUCGUCGCGCAAUGCUCCUCCCCACGUUCGUGGGAAGGAGCGUUGCGUGACGACCCUAAGAACGGCUGUGUAGCAGACUAGGGUGAAGAGCGCCAAAGGCGAGUCCAGUAAGCAUUCAUAUUUGUUUCCUUGCUUGCUUGUCAAAGAUAACACUGACAUCGAGACGGAAUACAGCUUACCGAGCCCUUGAAAUACGUAGUUUCUCUCUUUUCUUCAGUUUUGUGCCAGACCUCUCACCUGUUUUCCUUUUACAGCUCGUACCGCUGCACCAGUGAGAGCGUGCUUGCGGGCGAAGAUGUAGCUUUGAAUAGGUGUUACUAAAUUCGGUAUUCACAUAUUUUUUUUGUCUUUUGAAAUAUGGGUCACAUGUGAAUGCUUAUCGUGCGAUACCAUGCCGAGAAAUCAAUUCUGCGUUGUGUAGCAACGACGUGUAAAUUUGUAGACGAAGUUUUCACUCUGGAAAGGUAUCUGAGUGUUCUAUCCAGGGCCAUACCUGAAUAUUUUUUAAUAUUUUCGGAAAGAUUUAAGUACUCCAGGGAUACCCUACUUCUAUUCCCUCUGACGACGGGCUAACGCUCGAAAAUUCAGGUUUUUAAACUUUUCACGGAGGCCAGUUUACAUGAUCAACUCACUUGACGAAACAACAACAUCUAUUUAGAAAAAGGCUUAUCCCCGAGAGGCAAGGGACAAGUCAGAAAUCGCCCUGUUUAGGGUUUGGAAUUAUACUUAUAACAAAUUCGUUAUUUUUGAAGUCGUAGCUGUCUCAAGGGGAGUGGAAUGUUUUUCAGCGCGUGAAAACAGAUGAUGCCCUUUGUUAUGACCCUACAUUGUCAGUUCCUGUUAGCGGUCCGGCAGUGUAUGGAUUAUGCACGGAUUCCGUCGGUAGUGUCUAAGAAUGAUCGUCUAUAAGUCUGGCGCGUAUUGGAGACAUGCUGAUAAUUAAAAGAGCAUGUCAUUUUUCGUAGCAAUAUCGACGAAAUACGAGAAUGAAAAACCUUUUCCUCGUGUUUAUCUUCCGAUUAAUUACUCUUCAUCACUAGUCCGUCUCAGAUCGUAAGCUGUGCUUUGUCAUUAUUGAGCGGUGAUCUUUCUUCAAUAUGACAGCUGUUACAGCUGAGGUUGUCUUUCGACAGAAUCUAGACUUACUUCAAGUGUUUGGUCGUUGCUUAGGGAACUGCCCAGACGUAUGACUCGACUUUUGUUAUCUAAGUGAGUAACUUGUGCGGUGAAGUGUGCAAUCUCACGUACGCGGAAUUGAUUUCUGACGUUGUCGAGACAUGGCUAGUCUUUUGUGCUGUGAAGUGGCCAAUUUCUUGCUCUAGUUUUUUUAUGCGGAAUUUCUGACUUACGGUGUUCAGAAAAAGUCUAAACACGGCAGGUCUUUCGUAAGAAAAAGGGCGAAUUUCUGAUCUAGCAAUUCGUGUGGGCAAUUCAUUCCUCACGGGAUCAGAAGGGGCCAAGUUUGAACUCUGUUUUUUGUGUUUUUGUUUGUUUGGUUUUUUUGUUUUUACUCGGAGCUUUUUCCCUAAGGAUGUCAAAAAUAACUCAAAACGUGGCGGGUCGCUUUGAAGAAAGCGGCUUCUUUCGGACCUUUUUUUUUUUUCAGCGCGGAAUUGAUUUCCAACUCUCUAAAACUAGUCACGGAAAACAUUGCCAUACCUCAUCUCGUCAACUUAGGUUGUUCAUGGCGCGAGAGUAUGGGGAAGAGUUUGUGUGUACUUGAGAUAUUCUUUAAGUGUCACUUAUUGCCUAGUUUUUCGCUUCCUAUUGUUAAUAACACUGGACCCCAAUCUCAUUGUCACUGUGACGAAUUGUAAAACGUCAGGUAAAGUCGUUAAAAUCAAGUAAUGUACUUCUUUACUUUCUUCGAAUUGUGUUCAAGUAGGGCUGAUGGACGUCACAAAGCUAAAGUUAUUUCUCUUGUUAGUCUUUCCCUUUUGUUGUUUUUGUUGUUGUUUUCCACAACAAUUUUUCAACAUUGCUCUUUUUUCUCGUUCAUACAAGACCAGUUUCUUCCCAAAGUUGAAAAAAAGAAAUACAUUUGAAAGUUCAAAAACAAAAUUCAGUCGAGAAGACUGGCACAUUUGAAAGUUCAAAUUGAUUAGAUACGCUGAUGUCCCCUUUACCUUUUUUUCUUAAUGGAAUUGACUUGAAUUCGUGCCCAAUCUCCGGAAAACGCAAACUUGAUUAACGAGAACGCAAUGAGUGAGCCACCUUGAAACUCAUCUCAUCAGUAUACUAUUUGCAACAUCGCACCCAAUAGAUAGCAAAAUGUUUUGGGCUUAACCUGUGUAGACAGUUUCAACAUACUUAAAAGUUGCAACUUUACUCCUUUAUGGAAAAUGGACUUAAAUACAGGUUAAUACCAAGAGAUGGAAUAAAGCUGUCCCUAUAACCUGUACCAGAUCAUGUACAUGGGACUCGAGAUGUAUGCUAUUUCUUCCUUUUUUCUCAAAUGAUGAGGUAGAAAUAAAAGACAAAAUUCGUUUCUUCUGUCUGUAUAGUCCUAACGAAAAACUCACCUUUCAGACUGUUACGUUUGGCACUUCCGCUUUUAGUUUUUUCUUGCUCGAAAUUUAAGAAGAUUGCGAUUGUUGAUUCUGCCAAAAUUUUCGUUUUAUCCUGGAAGAAUCGGGUUUUCGGUUCUUGCUUUUUUUAUAUAUAUAUUUAUUAAGACGGACAUGUUGUUCUUGUUCGAAAUUGGCCGAUUUUAUGUCGGAAAUGAAAAUAAUACUAAGGUCAGAUUUUUGUGGUUAAAUCUAAGACGAAGUAACUCGUAAAUGCGUGGGAACCUUCUGAUGGCUUUGUUUUGCAUUCGGAGUGUGCUUGUAAAGACUUUUGUUUUCAGCGGGUGUGUGAAACAAUGCGCCGAAACAAAACACACUUUCGAAACAAAGCUAAACACGUGCUUUGGAAUAUGGCCUUAUAAUGUUUUAUUUACAGUGCGAUUUAUGGAUUUCACAAUAGCCCCGUUGAGGCACGACAAUGUAUCACGUCCUGAGUUCGUGUAGGCCAUUCCAAGAGUCAUUUGUUUAUCUUUCACAGCCAAUUAGCUCAAAUCGUUCUCACGGCCUCGGACUAAGCUGGUUUAAAGUGUCUGCCGGAAUAAGGAAAAAAAAUAAUUUGGUGUUCGUUGUCUGUAUUUAUGAUGUGUCGCUAAUAUGCCCGCCAGACUUCCAGUCUCGUUGGCUAAAUGGCUUUUAUGCGUUGUAAUUACUUUGGCAUUCAACUUUUUCGCUCAGCAGCCCCAUCCUCACGCGCGCUUUGACCGUGAAUGCCGGCUCUUGCUGUUGGCUGUUCAAUUCUGGCGUUAUUUGCAUAAUGCAUGCUGAGAUGGUUUUGUUUCGUACAAAAAGCGACCAAUGGUAGGCCUGCGUUCUCACGCUCUCUUUCUCAGCUGCCAGCGAACGCCAAAAUACCAUUCAUGCGACAAAAAUGCAGGCUCUUUAAAACAAAAUGCGAUGAUAAUAAGCCGGGGUUGGGAACUCGUAGACAAGGAUUUUCCCACGGCUCGGAAGGUAAAUAAAACGCCAUGUUCACCAAAGUUCACUUUCAUUUGUCUCCGUGUCGAGUCCAAGCAGGAGAUCGUGCAAAGUAGCCUCCGGAAAAAAAAAACCGUAAAAAAAGGGAAAGUAGCGAUGGUGCAAGAAUCUACGAAACUGGAAAAGGAAAGUGAUUCGGAGAGCCGGAAGUGGUCUAAACCAAUUAUGGAGAAGAGAAGGCGCGAACGAAUCAAUCGAAGUUUGGAAGAACUCAAGAGAUUAGUGCUAGAAGCACAGAACAGAGAUAGUUCUCGGUACACGAAGCUGGAGAAGGCAGAUAUCUUGGAGAUGACAGUUCGUUAUCUACGAAGUCUCCGACAUCACCAACGAGCAGUGAUGACGACUACCGACCCUUACAUGCUACUUAAGCACCGUGCCGGUUACAGCGCAUGCGUGGCCGAGUUGUCCAAGAACGUGAUUGGGGACAACUCUUUGGAACCUGAUGUGAAGACUCAAAUCCUCUCUCAUUUAACGGGAUGCCAUGCAACUCAGAGGGGAGCUGGUGACAUUCCAAUACAGUCGCCUGCAAGAUAUCUAUCGUCAGUUCACUAUGAGAACACUGCGAACCUUUCCGUGAAGGAACAAAGACGGUUGUUACCUAAAGACACAACGAAUGCGCAUGCAUCCCAAGCCCGUACCACAGUUUCUCCAUACAUGGUUCAAGGCCAUCGAGUACAUCCUUCAGCAGGGACCAUUCCUGUGCAUUAUGUCCCUAUUUUAGGUACCGACUCCGGGACCUCCUCAGGGAUGUACCACGCGCUAGUCCCAAGUGUAUCUUCUCCAGCGUUACACCUCACAGACCCAUUAUGGCGACCUUGGUGAUCAAUUUUUUGAAAAGUUUUUCUCAAAAUAUUAAGGAAUAGAAGUAUUGCUUAAAUUAGGAGACUAAAACUAUGGCUAAAGUAAUGGUUUUUAUUUUCAAGAAUAAGUCAUCAUCCUAAAUUGUGUGCACCUCAUAUGAUGAAUUAAUAUUUCAAAAGAUACAUUGCUAUCCACUAGGUGCACGUAAGGUCUUUCUCUAAAAAGUUUAAAUUCAUUUGGAAAAAUCGUGAAGUAUUCAUGUUUUCAGCGUAUGUUUAGAUUGGAUUCACUUACAUCAACUAACAUUCACCAUUCAGAUUUCUCUAAGAUAGCGACUGAAAACCGUUUAGUCGUUACAAUGAAAGUAAUUAUAAUUAGUAUUUUGACCUUAAUUGUCAAUGAUGCAGAAUGACAGAUGCUUGAGAAAUGUUGUAAAUAGUAUUGAAUGAUUUUAGAAUUAAAGCAACUUUUAACU